AAAAAUCCUCCUUAGAGAAAACUAUAGGAGAGAGUGGUUCUACCACCACCUCACCUGGUCAUGGAAUACACCAAAGCCAAGGACUAUAUCUCAUCCUUGAACCCUACUUCCUUACUCAGGUCAGUAUCCAGUGUGGGUUCUGAGUUUGGUCUCCGGGUUUGGGCUCCAGCUCCCCCAUCCCAACGUCCUUUUUGUGUCUGUGAUCAUAAACGGGCCACUAGAAAAGUUUUGACAGGAGCAGCUAGGUGGUGCAUUUCGACAGCUGCUACCUGCCAAGAACUACUAGACAAGGCCCUUGAGACCUUGCUACUGAGUGGCAUGCUGACACUGGUCCUAGGGGAGGAUGGGACAAGCGUGGAGAAUGAAGAAUUCUUCCAGAUGCUGGAGGAUGAUACAAGCUUGAUGGUCCUGGAGGUGGGACAGAAGUGGAGUCCUGUCAGAAGCGGGGUGCUCUCCUACGGUCUGGGCUGGGAAAAGCUAAAGCACAGCAAGGACAUUGCCAGCAUCACAUUUGACUUGUACAAGCAGAACCCCUGGGACUUCUUUGGCAGCCUCAACAUCAAGGCCACAUUCUAUGGGCUCUAUUCCAUGAGCUGUGAUUUUCAAGGACUCCGUCCCAAGAGGGUGCUCAGAGAGCUCCUGCGAUGGACUUCUGCCCUUCUGCAAGGCCUGGGAAACAUGCUAUUGGGUGUUGCAUCUACCAUUCACCAUGUAGUGGAAGGUGCUGAGCAGUGGCAUCAUCAACGCCAGCUCCAUACUGCCCCACCCUCAGUCUAG